CGUCAAACAGCACUUUAUUUUCAGCACAACGAUACCCAACUUCGCCGCUAGAUGGCGCACAAAACCGCACGACCCAGUUUCGGUUCUGCAUGAGCGACGAUUGUGUACCAACGUUUUGGGGUUGAUACGUUUCCUGUGUCUCUUACAAGCCAAAAUCCAGAUGAAUGCGUUUGAAGAGGAGAUGCAGAGUAAUUGCUUAAAGAGUCCUGGUCACUGACAACCCACAUAUAGCAACUUCAACAAAGAAAAGGCUGUCGUGUUGAAGAUAUGCUGAUGCGCUCGUUUGCCUGUGCAAAUGCUUUGCGGCACUUUUGGGUGUAACCAUCGACACUAAAGACUUCUUCACAGCGUUUGAAACAGGAGUGAGACUGCGAAACAAGAAGAGAAACAUUUCGGAUGGUUUGUGGCUGAACUUGUGUCUGCAGGAAUGGUGAUCCGUGGCCUGUGGGUUUGUAAAAUCCGUUUGGUGAAGCACUUUGGGCUGACCCGGUUCCUGUGCCUCCUGGUCUUUGUCUGCCUUUUUGCAGGUCUCUUCAUCGAUUACAUAGAGUCAUGGGUUACUUCUCUAAGAAUGAAUGGAGUCGGAGGUACCCACGGUGGGAUUCUUCCUCAGAGCGUGCCCCCUACACGUCCAGAGGAAUACCUCCUUAUGCCAAGUCCGCUUGUUUGCCAGCGCGCAAAGCCCUAUCUCAUCACCUUGGUGACCUCAGCUCCUGCGAACAGGAAAGCUCGUCAGGCAAUCCGUGACACCUGGGGUGGUGAAGUGCACGUGAGAGGUUAUCGGGUCAUGACUUUGUUCAUGUUGGGGCAGACAUCAGAUCCUGUUUUGACCAAACAACUGACAGAUGAGGCACGGGAACAGGCAGACCUGGUGCAGGGUCGCUUUCUGGACUCCUAUGCUAACCUGACCUUAAAGACCUUGUCCAUGUUAGCUUGGGCACGGCGUUUUUGCCCUGAAGCUCGCUUCCUAGCCAAGGUGGAUGAUGAUGUGAUGUUCAACCCUAGUGCACUGCUACAGUACAUCAACAUCAUUUGGGGGGCACAAGAGCGGGAGAUUGAUGAACUCUACCUCGGUCGGGUUCACUUGAGGGUGGCACCGGAUCAUAAUCCAGCCAGCAAGCACUAUUUUUCUAAAGAUGCUUUCACAGGUACUGUCUUCCCUGAUUACUGCAGCGGUACAGCGUACGUGCUUUCCCGUCCUGCUGUGCUUAAGCUCUCUCUGGCAGCAGCUGCUGCACCAUUGCCCAAGCCCCUGCCCCCAGAAGAUGUGUUUGUAGGUUUGUGUGCCCACACAGCUGGCAUCACACCCACCCAUUCCCCACUUUUCUCUGGAGGACCACCCGUGCCGUAUUCACGCUGUUGCUACCAGGCCAUGGUGUCUGUCCAUCAUACCCAACCUGAGGAAAUGCUCCAGUACUGGGCAGACAUGCAUUCCAAAGCUCCAUGCUCCUGGGUGGGCGUCCGGACUUCACUUGGUGUUUGUAAAUUGAGAGCACUUCUAGGAGACUUGUUAUGGCCUGGAUUAUAAAUAUGGAGAGCCAAGAAGAUUAUGCAGUAUUUCUUAGACACACACACACUUAUAGAGCAUGAAGAAACCCAAAUGGAUCUAUGUGCCAAACUCCCAUGUAUAGUUGUUUUAUAGCUUUAUCUUGAAUAAUGUACCAGUUGUCACAUA